AUGGAUUCAGAAAAACAGACCUUACCCUCUCAACCUUCUCAAAACGCAUUAGCUAAAGCUGCUACUAUACCUUCCGAGUUGAUCUUUCAGAUUUUUAAAUAUGUUACUUCUACUUCCGACCUAAAGUCUUGUAUCUUAGUUUGUAAAUCUUGGUGCCGUUGUGGUGUCGAACUCUUGUGGCAAAAACCGGUAUUCACAGGAAAUGCUUCUCUCAUUAAACUGCUAGUUACCUUAUCACGAAAUUCCCAAACCUUUCCAUAUGCUCUUCUCAUCCGUCGCUUAAAUUUUUCCUUUUUGGGGGAGAAUGUAAGCGACCAAAUAUUACAACGUUUAAGUUCUUGCGAGAGAUUAGAAAGAUUAACCCUCGGAGGUUGUAGAAGACUUACGGAUAAUGGGCUUCUGAAAUUGUUAGAUAAAGCAAAUGGGCUGGUAGCCUUAGAUGUAUCAGACAUUGAAAAUCUGACGGAUGCAGUUGUAGAAUUAGUAGGUGAACGAUGUCGAAGAUUACAAGGAUUAAACGUGAGCUUAUGUAAAAAGCUUUCAGAUAAAGGUAUUUUAGCUGUCGCGUCAAGGUGCAGGAAUUUAAGAAGGAUAAAACUUAGCAGUUGUGAAAACAUUACUGACGAAUCCGUGGUAGUUUUGGCUAAGAAUUGUUCACACCUUCUUGAACUUGAUCUUACCAAUUGCCACCAAAUAACAAAUGAAGCAAUCCAGCCUGUUUUUGAAAAUUGUACACAAUUACGCGAACUUCGUCUUGCUUGUUGUACCAACCUUACCGAUAAAUCAUUUACAAAAACUAUGUCUGCCUUGUACGAACAAUUACGUAUUUUAGACCUUACAUCCUGUGCACUUAUUACCGAUCAAACUUUACUCAAAAUUUCACAUAGUGCGCCCAGAUUACGUAAUCUCGUUCUAGCAAAAUGUGGAAAUAUCACAGACGAGGGAGUUUGUCAUAUAACUCGUUUGGGAAAGCAUUUACAUUAUCUUCACUUGGGCCACUGUUCACGUAUCACGGAUUAUUCCAUAACUCAACUGGCCCGCAAUUGUACUCGGUUACGAUAUCUUGAUUUGGCUUGCUGCACUCAACUUACGGACGCAUCAGUAUUUGAACUUUCACAACUUCCUAAAUUGCGUCGUAUUGGAUUGGUGAAAUGUGCUCUUAUAACGGAUCAAGCAAUCAUCACCUUGAUUGAAAAUCGGGUUGUACAACAUACUUUGGAACGUGUACAUUUGUCUUACUGUGUAAACCUUACCGUACCAGCAGUUUUAGAAUUAGUAAAUUCAUGUUUCCGUUUAACACAUUUAUCUCUUACUGGUGUACCAGCUUUUUUACGUUCGGAUGUUCAACAAUUUUGCAGGCAACCUCCCAAAGAAUUCACACCACAUCAAAGACAAGUGUUUUGUGUUUUCAGCGGAAAAGGUGUUAAAGAGUUAAAACAAUAUUUGAAUAUGGUCAUAGCACAACAAAGAAAUCGAAUUGCUAAUGGAGUUGGUGAUACGAAUGAUCAGGUCGCUGGACCAGCUGCGGCUGUUGGCGCUGACAUUGAAGAAUCUGUAGCUUCUGAAGCAGAAGGGGUGGGUGGUGAAAUAUCUGAGAGUGGAGAGGGUGAAAACGAGAAUGGAUAUAAUCAGAAUAAUUACAGAAAUAGGAAUCAUGUCAUUGAUAGUAAUCCUGAAGGAGAUGAUGGAUAUGUUGGAUUUUAG